UGCGUAGCUGCCGAUGUAAACAAAAUCAGCUGUUGAAACUUGUGCCACGUCGCGUCGCGUAGAUCGUCGCUAGACGACACUCGGCAUUCCCGCCAGACGUCAGCCGGCUACGUUGGCGCUAAAUCGUAGACACUGCAGAAGCUGUACGGUCGAGAUAGAAAGCCCAAGCGAAGAACGCUAACUCCAAGAUUAGAUCUACUCCAAAAUGGCCCGUAACAUCUUGACACUAGGUGGUAUUUUUUCAAUUGCAGUCAUCAUCUUGGCUAUUAUCUACAAGAAGCGUUUGGAUAACGAGCUUGAUUCGAGAUUGCAAGAUGUUCUGCAGAGUCUGCUUCGAGCCGAGAGGAAGGCCAGCGUCCAUCCCCGUACACGGGUAGCUGUCGGCUUCAGUUUGUGCAGCGACAGCUUCGCCGGCGGCGUAGAAUUGUUUCGUCAACUUGAGCAAGAAGCACCGGAAGAAAAGCGACAUAUUGACGAAAUUCGAACUUCUCAAGAUUUGGCAGAGAUCUUUGCUUAUUUCUUUUCUACUGGAGCAGCAGCAGAGAGGUAUGUUCAUAACCGAGAGUUGUUUCGAAAGAUCGUGAAGCUUUCCAAACAGCAAGCUGGACACUGGAGCGUUGUUGGUGGGAACGCCGCGGUCAUUGCCAACAGGCUUGCGAUAGAAGGCUGUGAUGUCCUCCUUGGCGGGAGGGCUACUCCGAGCACGCUCCAAGAGUUUCAUCAACAUGUCAAAGUGGUUGGUGAGCCUGCAGAAGAAGAUGAUGUUCAUGUUAUUCUUGAGUACAAGACAGGGGAGCAAUUUGGCAAAUAUAUAUCACCAAGGGCGAACAGGUUCAUCAUUCACAGUGAUAUACACAAUCCAUACCUGAGCGGUUUAGAAGAAUUUCAAGAAGAGUUGAAAUAUUUCAAGCCUCAAGUAGUAGUCCUUGGUGGACUCCAGAUGAUGGACAACUUUCCUUUCUCAGAAGGUGAGAGGGAGGCGAGACUUGAGAAGCAACGAGCCAUGAUCCUCGGUCUCCCUAGCUCCACCCCAGUUCACCUGGAGCUGGCCUCCUUUGCUGAGGAGGCACUUCUCCAUCAACUCCUGGAGUAUGUCAUUCCUUAUUCUGACUCCUUGGGCAUGAACGAGCAGGAGCUGCCCAACCUCUACAGUCUCCUCAAUUACGGCAACGUCAGUCUGGUCUCAGAUGCCUAUCCUAGGGUAGCCACAAUGCUGGACCAGAUCCGGUCCGUCUACAGCAUCCUCAGGAAUCAACCGCAACGGGAAGGACUGCGGAGGGUCACACGGCUCCACGUCCACACCCUCGCCUUCCAGGCCAUCUUGACAACAGAAGGGUCAGCCUGGAAGAACACUAUGUCAGCAGCGGCGAAGGCAUCGUUGACGGCUCACAGGCACGUGUGCGCCAGCUCCGAGGUCGACAUGGCCAAGUCGCGCCUCAUCAUGGACGACUCCUUUUCCGUUUCUCAAGAGGACGGCAGUCGCAAGAUCCCGUUGGAUGUUGAUAAACCUGUUUCGUGUUGGAAGGAGGAUGAUUACGAGAUUUGCGUUGCUCCUGUGUUGGUGUGCACGCAGGUGCACAGGACAGCCGGGGGUGGGGAUAAUAUAUCGUCAGCUGGACUUUCGGUUCAGAUAUGAGUUUAAUAAAUCGACACAAAAUCUAUUUAUUCACAGGAACUCUAUGUGAGAAAAAAAUCUUCUGCUACACAGCCCAUACUUUUUGGUCACAAAAGAAGACAUAAUCUGUGGUUUUGGACAUCUGCCAAAAACUAGGUACACAAAAUAUCUGACAAAUACAAAAGGUGAGCAUCUAUUAAUAUUACUAUCUAUGAUGGAUAAUUCUUGAUGGAUAAUAAUGAGUAUCACCUGCUGUGGCGUUUGGGGAAGAGGGGAAGAAUGGGGAGUAUUUCAAGAGUUAACACAAUGAAUGCAUUCAAUUUACUUUAACAGUAAUAACACCACCCCUGGGUGGGAUGUUUUGCAGAAAUGAAAAUGUGACUCAGAGCCACACAAGAAUCCCCAGUUUGGUAUGGUAUAAGAUGCAUUGUCACAUUCCUCGGAACAUGCCCAGGUGAUGUGUGCUACUCCGUAUUAACCCGUUGGAGACUGGUUGAUUUUGUUAUAACACGCGUAUUACAUACACUCCAGGCAGUGUAUAUGUCGGCUCAGUCUCCUAAUGAGUUAAUGAGAUCGCAAGAGGCCGGAUGUGUGUCUUUAUCUAAGCUUGACUUUUAAGUCACUCUUAAUUUUUUGUCAAACAAGCCCUGAUCAUGGUGGUGAUUUUUUUUACCUGAUUGCUGAGAAAGCAUGAAUGCUUGUACUCAAGCAACCAGAGGACUGACGGCGUAAGGUCCUCUCGGAGGGACCUGGUAAUGAAGAUUAAUGCCUUACCAAAGGGCACUAGAACACUGGGUGGGAAUCGAAACCGGGUCACCGCAAUCCGAAACCACCGCUCUACCGACUGAGCUAUCACGCCUCAACAUGUGAUAAGUGAGAAUGACAUAUGUACAUGUACAUUAGAUUUUUAGAAUUCAAAGCAUGUAUCACAUUACAGCAAUUGCCCUCAUGUUUUCAUUCAUUUAAUGUUCUGUUAUUCCUCCUGAUAUUUGUGUCUGUUGAAUCUAUCAGCAUCUUCUUUAAAUCAGUACUUGAUGAUAUAAUCAAUAAUUUCAAUUUGAUGACCAAUUGUGCUGUUCGCGUGUGCUUUAUGUAACCAGCAAAAAAAAAAAUGUUAUGCAUUGUGAAUAACUGGUAUGCCUAUAGGAAUUCAUGGCCUUUUUAUUUAAAUAAUGUAAUUUGAAUUUUAGUAUCUAAUAUGAAACCUUUUAUUUAAAAAGACCAAAAUGAAACUAAUGUGAAUAGAUAUAUUUUUAGCAUUUGGUAUGAAAAUGAGUCCAUAAAACCAUUUUCAUAUUUUAUGUUCCUUUCAAUUAUCUUUCCAAUUAUAUACUUAUAAGCAUAUUUUCUUCUUAUUUACUUGGUAGUAAAUACCAAGUUAUUUUGUCAUUGUUUGGAAUGUUUUUUUUAAAGGUAUAAUUGCUUAAAUGCAAACUGCAGGCCUAUAGCCGUUUAUGACAAUGCUUUUGAAGAGAAAUAAAUGUAAUUGCUACAAGUUUUUAACUCAUAUGUAGACCUGUUGGACAUUGUUUGUUUCAUAUGAAAAUAUUGCUGCAUUAAAAAAGUACUAUUUGUCAAAAUGAAUAGAGAGCAAGCCAUUUUUUUUACUUUCCAUUUAUCCAUAAUAGUUUUAGUUUAGUUACUGUAUAUAUAUGUAUUUAUAGAUUCAGAGAGCUCAGAUUCACCUGUAGUUCUCUAUUCUAAUUGGAAUUUAUCAGGAAACUUGAGUUGAGAAUAGUAAUGGGAGAACCUACCUUAACAGUGCAGCUUACAUUUU